UCAACGCAUCAAUCAUCAAGAGAGCACCCGAUACAUUGUAAAUCCCGACGAAGGGUGCAGCGCGUUGGCUUUCUUUUUUUUAGGGGACGUCACUUCUUGUCUGCGACGCUGGUUCACCAUCCCCGAUUAGGGAACACACAGGGCCCGCUUGUGCUCCUCACACCCACACCAGACAGCUGCGUGUCGUCAUCGAUCAUUACAAGCGUUUGGGCGGUUCACUAAGCGGCGCGCCUUGCAAGGGUCCAUUUCGGACACAUUCGUCAACUUUCUGUUAUCGCAUUGGCAAACAGGAGCACCCGCAAACUACAUCACCGGCCCUAGACCAUCCAGGUCUAUUUUUCUUUGAACCCGGACCCCUUUUUCUCUCUGUUUGUUCUUUGUAUAAUUCAAGAUGACUUGGGAAUUAACCCGCCGACGAAUCAUUCGUACGGUUAACUCCAAAUACAUAUUCGACAGGGUGCCACUCCUUCACUUCCUGAUCUUCCUCAUCGAGAUGGCUUUCGUCGCCCGAAUCACUUCGCGCUUCAAUGCGUACUACGAUGAGCGGCCUAUCCUCACGAUGAUGGUUACCAACGCUGUCCUCGGAGGCAUCGCAGAUACCGUCGCACAAACUAUAACGGCCGUCAAACAGCGAGCUGCACGAAAGGGUCCGUUUCAUCCGAACCCCAAGGACGACCCUAUCGCUAUCGAGAUCCAGGAACUCGACCGCAAGAAUCCGCUCAGUGAUCGCGACCUUAUUCCGGACUCACGUGUCCUGCCGCCUCCGUUUGACUUUGAGCGUUUGACGCGCUUCAUGGCUUACGGCUUCUGUAUGGCCCCGGUCCAGUUCAAAUGGUUCAAGUUCUUGGAAAGGACCUUCCCGAUCACAAAGACGGCUGCUUUUGGCCCGGCUAUGAAGAGGGUGGCGAUGGACCAGCUGGUGUUUGCACCGUUUGGUAUCGCUGCUUUCUUCACUGCCAUGACGAUUGCCGAGGGUGGCGGUAGGCGCGCCGUGCAGACCAAGCUGAGGGACAUGUAUGUGCCGACGCUCAAGGCCAACUUUGCGAUUUGGCCCGCGGUUCAGGUCAUCAACUUUCGCUUGAUGCCUGUUCAGUUCCAGCUGCCGUUUGUGUCGACCGUCGGUAUUGCCUGGACUGCCUAUUUGUCCCUUAGCAACGCUUCCGAGGACGCCCAGCUCGCACCGCAUGCCUACCCCGACUCGCCCAACCUGCGCCUCUCCUAAUGCAUCAUUAUCACGACCAUUCUGCAGUCUAAGGUGCUGAAGCCUCGAAACAAUAAGAGCUACUGCUUGGACACGCUGGGCCUGAAACUAUUCUUACAACUGUUAUACAUAUCCAACAACACGCCAUCAAAUUGUCUGGCAGCCUUUUUGCGACACCUUUUCUGUACUUUGUGAUUAGAUCAAGCAUUGUACGGUAUACGCGAGCAUACUGGGAUUUUCUUACGGCGUUCUUGGCUUGAAAUAUGGAGGGAUGCGGUGCAUUCUUCUGGCUGAUUACAGGACCUGCUCUUUGUUUUUAUUUGAGCGCAAACGAGACCAAUGGCAAUGAUUCUUUUGCAUUAGAAAAUUUCUUUUUUUCCUUUUUCUCAUUCAUUGCGCUGUACAUAGCUCCUGUCAUCUGUCGUUGCCGGGUGUACUUUUUAGUCAUUCGCUAAAAUCUAAUUCGACCUUGUUAAGCCUAGAGAUACCUGCCUACUUGGACUAGUUCCCAUGCCUUCACAGAAUGUACCCCUGAAGCCGGCUCAGUCGAGACUUG